CGGCUCGCGCUCUGAGGAGGCGGCGCUGCGCUGUGGUGCGGACCUCGGGGCGGCGUUGUCCGCGCGGCCAGAUGCCCAGGAGGCUGAGGCAGGAGCAUGGCAAGUUUUCGGCCAACCUGGACAACUUAACAGGACCCUGUCCAAAAAACAAAACAAGCCAGAAUCUCCAUAAUGAAUGGAUCCAGUGUAGCAGGUACAUCACCCAGUGUGAAAUGCAAAGAGGACCAAGGGUUAAAUGGACAUGAGGAAAAGGAAAACCCAUUUGCAGAAUAUAUGUGGAUGGAGAAUGAAGAGGAUUUCAAUAGACAGGUGGAAGAAGAGCUGCAGGAGCAAGACUUCUUGGACCGCUGCUUCCAGGAGAUGCUGGAUGAAGAGGACCAGGACUGGUUCAUUCCAGCACGAGACUUGCCUCAGGCUGUGGGACACUUACAGCAGCAGUUAAAUGGACUAUCAGUCAGUGACAGUCAUGAAUCUGAGGACAUUUUGAGCAAAAGUAACCUGAAUCCAGAUGCCAAGGAGUUUAUUCCAGGAGUGAAGUACUGAACUGUUGGAAGCUUCCAGGACUUGUUUUGUCCCCGUACCUGGGGCCAGCAAUGCACAAAAAGGCAGAGCUGAAGGGGGGUGGCAAGGGUGUGCAGCCAGGGCGGGUUGGGUUGGGAAGGUGGUUUAACUGGAUACUGUGACUGAGUAACGAAUGUGCGAGGUACUACUCUCCAAGCCCUCUGAGCAUGGCUCUUCUGUUCUGCUGACUUGUUCAGAGAAGUUUCCCAUUUUAUUUUAUUUUUUGAAGACCUCUUUGGAGUUAAGGAACUGCAGUUGUUUUUUCCCUCGUUAGAAAUGUUCUGUCUGCAUUCAAGCAAAGUAAGCUGACCAAGGAAAGCAGUAUUUAAGAACUAUCUUCCCUGCUGUGUAUCUACCAGGAGCAGGGCAUCUGGAGAGCGUAAGGAAUUUACAGCUGAGUGGUAAGAGGGAAAAAUAGAACAGGAGAUAUAAACCAGUUGCAACACUCAGCUUUCCCACCCCUGACAUUUCCAUGAAGUGGUGAACUAAAUGGCAGAUAGAGCCCUUGUCUCCUAGCCUGGCUCUGCUCUGCUAAAGAAAACAUAGAUUGGAAAGUUCUUAGGUGAAUGUAACUGGAUGGUUGCAAGUUGUACAUCAGAAGAGCAGGGCUUGAUGGUGGCUGUCAUUUGGUUGCUGCUGGCCUGGUGUUGAGCAUAGGUGUGUAGCUGCUGUCGCUCAUUGUUUACAGGUAAAAGUCACAUAGAGUUGCUUUGCCUUCAUGAUUCUCAUGUGGGCUACUCCUGGCCUCUUUCCCUCACAGCUCUAAAAGACACUAUUAGCCACAGUCUGAGACGGACCUUUUGUUGGGCUAUUGCAUCUUGAAUCUUCUUGGACAGUUUUGGUUUUGUUUUCCUUAGUCCCAUCAAUAUCUGACUCUUACAGUGUCUUAAUUCCCUCAAAGAUUUCUGUAUUUUUUUUUCAAGGAAAUACAUUUUUCUAAACACUAGCAAGCUGUUCAGCUCAGUUUGGGUGCUUCUCCUGCCUUACAGAGUGAUUCCCAGAAACUAAGCUACUGAGGAGUCCUGCCCGAGAACACAACAGAGCUCCUUGGAGCUGUUAAUGGGUAUUAAUGCUCCCACAAACUAACUUUUUUCAUUUCCUCAUGGGCCUAGCUAGGUGCACCCUUAGUUCUACCUGUAACUCACUAGGGUUUGGUUGAUCUUCUGUUGAACUGAAUUCCACUGGGAGCUGCUGCUGUGAGUAGAGGCGAAGGUGGUAAUGUUGAGGGGGAAAGGACAAGUGUCCUCUCCUGUUCAUACUCCAAGGACAAGGGAUUUGGAAAGGCCUGAGACUGCUGUGGCUUGUGUGUGACUGUCACUGUGCUGUGCGUUAGCUCUGGAAGGAUCAUGUAGCUUCCAGUCUGUCAGCUUCGCAUGUGGUUGUGGGCAGAGAUUGGGAGGAAAGAACUGGGGUCUGAAAAGUUGAAACAUUUCCCUUUUUCAUGAGCUGGUUUUCCAGCUUUCCAUUUUGUCUUGGUACCAGGAAUAGAACCCAGGGUCUCAUUUGUGCUAGGUUAGUCCUACCCUUGAGCUGUUCUCAACCCUCCCUUGUUGACUUGUAGACAGCCCCAGCAGUUAAACACAAACUUCCCUGUUUUUCCUAUUAAAGUCUCAUAGGAUGGCAUCUUGUGACAGUGGCCUUCUCCCUAGGCCACAUGAUAGUGACUAGCUCAGGGAACUUGUAUGGCCAGACACACAUUGACUCCAAAAGCCUCUCCCUCAAGAGACUAGGAACUCCUAGUCCUCUAGGAAGACUCCAGCUUUUAGCUUGGCUUUCCACUUCUAAUAAGGAGAAGAAGGGUAAGGGUGGGGCAUAAAAAAGAUUCUGCCGCAGUUUCCUCAAGGCUUUUGGAGUUCAGAAUGCAUCAGUAUUGCAGGAAGAUUCUUGAGAAUCUCUAUCUGCAUAUAGUACAUCCUCCUCUGAGUACCUGGCUGGGAAGCCUGUGUAAGCCUGAGGAGGUUUUGUUCUAUCCUAAAGUUUUACCCUUUGGAAGCCAAGCUGCUAGUUGUGGUCUAAAAGGCCUACCUUCCUUCCUACUUUGCUGGCUCUUUUUACUUGGAUGUCAGUCUCUGUUCUUUUGUUGAGGGUGCAUUUGGUUAAUACUUCUAGAAUGCUGUUGUGUAUGCCUGGAAACAAGUGCUGGUAUGUUGGGUCUACCUCAGAGGCAGCAUGCCGACUCCAGGCUUGGGGUACAGCCAAUGAGGCUGAGCUUAGUACAUGUGGAAUGACUUAUUCCUAUGGCCCAACUCUUCUUUCAUCCAAUGUUGUGAGGUAGCAUAAUUGUGCCCCAGACUACAGGCUCAGCCUUAGUUUGCCAACUUAGCAGAAGACUUUUGGGGUUUCAUAGGUUCCCCCUUUGGGAAUCUAUGCAGCAAUAGAAAAUGUACUUAAUAGUUGCUGGUCUGGCUGGCCCCAGUCUUCUUUUAUUAGUGACUAAGUUCUAAUUGUGAUUAUUUGACUCUAUAACUUUUUUCUUUUGUUGGGGGAGGGAUAAGGAACUGCAUAAGAUAUUGUAGAGGUAGGCAAAACCUAGGUACUGUAUCUAAGGGUCUGGGGCUAGUUUCUGUCUAUAGUGUACCUGACUUUAGGUUAUCAUAUAAGCAAACUAGAAUAUAGUCUAAAGAUUGAUCUUUUUUUAUUGAACCCAGGUUUUCACAUGUGCUAUGCAAGCACUACACCAAGCUGCAUUCCCGACCUGUGAGAGGCUAGGUCUUGGUAGCAUUUGUAUUUCCAAAGUCACAAGAACUAUGAUUGCUUCACUAAGAGUGUAAGGCUAACCAUGGCUUUAAAAUAAAUGUUUUUAGUGAACUAUUAGGCAUUUUCUAUAUUAUUGUUAUGUUAAGGGUUUAUUUUGACUUUAGAGAGACUAAGAUGCAAGUAAAGAGCUCUGCCAGCUGGCACCUUCAAUGAGCCAGGAAAGCGGGGCAGCCAGAGUGAACCUCUUGAUUGGGGAUAUGGUAGAUGAGCGUGUGACUGGCUGGCUUCCUGAGUUUGUGUCCUGUUGCUAGAGGGGACAGGCCUCUGCAGUAAGAGUAUUGGUAUUGCAUGCUAUUAGUCUAGGUUUAUAGAAUGUCAAGGAUAGGAACUUACAGGUCUGACAAAUUUGACUAGAAGUUGGAAGUACCCACUUCUUGGAAAAGGUUAUCCCAGCCACUCUCAUCUUAGAGAACAGGAAUGGGAGGCACUAGUUUUGUCAAGUAGGAAGAGUAGAAAGGAUGCUGGUGUGUGAAACAGACCCUGAGUGACCUGUUCAUUCACAAUUGCCAUGAGACUCGUUGUCCCCUAGGAUGGCUCAGUGCAGUGGAUGUGAGCGCCUCCGAAGUCACCAGACUUAGACAUCUUCUAGACUUCCUAUGUUUAGUCUCCCACAAGAAGCUGCUGGUGGUGAUGGGAACAGAGAAGGAAUCUGCCCAGGCAAACAUUAGACUGCAUACUACCCUGCCGUCAUCAUCCAACACACUGCUGGACCCCAGAAAUUUCCAUUUCCUGGGAGUUGGGACUAGAACAUAAGACACACUGCUCUCUUCAAGAUGUCAAGCUUAAGAGCCACACUUCUCCUGUUCUUGGGGAACAGGAGGAAAUUGAAAGGACCAAAGGACAGAUAUGCUUUUUUUUUUUUUUAAUGUAAAAGCCUUCCUACAUUUUUGUUGCUAAAAGUAUAAUUUAAAUGGAAGAUUUGAUGAACUUUCCUCCCAAAUUUACCUUAUACCUUUUCUUUAAAAUGAAUAAACAAUAAAAAUUCCAGGUUACUUAAUACUAUAAAGAUUUUUUUUUUUUUUUUUUUUUUGGUUCUUAAGAUCAAACUCAGGACCUCACAGCUAGGCAGCAUCCUGUUAUUGAGGCUGUCCUUACCCCUGGGAUACUAAAAGCAUUUUGAAUUAUAAUCUUGCUCUGUGGUCCAGACUAGACUUGAACCUCUGUUCCUCCUGCCUCAGCCUCUCCAGUGCUAAGAUUAUAGGUGUGGACCACCUGGCUGUCCUAAAUAUCUUAAUAUUGUACUGUUACUAAAUUGUUUUUUGGUGCAAGGGUAAAGUGGAAGAUUUCGUGCAUGGCUGGGGAAGUGUUCCAACACUAAACUACAUCCCUUGACUAUAAAAUGUCUUUCCUGUAAAGUGGUAUCAUGUUUCACUCUAUCAACAUAUAAAAAGAGAAUUUUGUCCUGCCAAUUGUGAACCUUCAAAAAUAUUUAACAGCAGGUUGUGAGUGGUACUCAUCUUUAAUCCCAGGACAUGGAAAGAGGCAGAGGCAGGUAAAUCUCUAGUUUGAGGCAAGUUCAGACUACCCGGGUCUACAUGAGACUGUCUAUAAAAGUUAAUAAACUAGUGCUUGAAAAGUGGAAACAAGACCCCUAAAACAGCUUUGAGCUGGGGUAGUUCACUAGUAAUGCCUAUUAUACAAAUCAGGAACUCACUGGGUUGUGUCCAAGUCACUGAGUUUAGGAACUUUUAGUGCUGGAGCAACCACCAUAUUCACUUCUCCCAGUAAGCUUUCAUACGCUGGUCCCCAGACCCUGGUGUGGAUAAUACACCUUUUCUGGACAUUUCAUGUCAAUGGACUCAAACAGAAUAUGGUCUCUUAAUUUGGCACUUUUUUUAACAUGUUUUUUCAGUGUUGAGCAGUUUCCUAUUGAGUACGCUGCACUUUGUCAGAGAGCGCCUUAAGGUUGGGUUUUAGCCUCCUCAGCUCCAUUGGCUCUCCACCUCCACUUUGGCAAGUCCUCUGUGUGCCGUAGGAGCCUCGGCCACUGCAGAUUCCUAUGAUCCUCAACCUUCCGCAAAACAUUGUGCUGUCUACUGCAGCUCAGAACCUUUGAAGCAUCUGAGGCCCAUUUCAUAACGAGCACAAGUGGACAGGGAAUGAAACUACAUAGUGUUUCACUCAGAAUCAAUGCUGAAGACUGCAGCUUUCUAGUCAUGUCCAUGGGUAUUAGAGUUGUACUAACUCUGCUGGACUCCUGUGUGAUGGUGAUGUACAUAGGAGGGAGGGCCAGAGUGAUGGAGCAGCCAGUGGAGCAAAGCAGCCUGAUGAUGCCCAGGCUGCCUAGCACCUCCAAGUAAACCUAGGCCCAGACUCUGGACCCUUGUCCCUGUUGCAAAUGUUUAAAAGCUUGUUGCUCACAGGGCUUUUCAAAUCUAAAAACAAGCUGGAGAGGUGGCUCAGCAGUUAAGAGAGAGCAUGACUUCUCCUGGUUCAAUUCCCAGUGCCCACAUUGAAGCUUACAACCAUCUGAAACUCCAGUCAGAGACAGGAUCUGAUUUUUUUUUUCCUGGUCCCUGCAGGCACACACUGUGUACACAAAUGCAGGUAGAACACCCAAACAUAAAAUUAACAACAAAACCCUAAAAAGUUUUCCUAAAAACACCAAAAAUGGGGGGGGUACUUAAAAUUUUUGCUUUGUAAAUCAAAUGACAUCUGUAUAAAAACUCAACAAAUGAGAAUAAAUGCACUUGCUGAGGAAGCACCUUCCUGGCUAAA